AAGCCUAAAAAGAAAAUACGUUCCUAGAAACACAUCGAUCGAUUAGUAAGCUGCGACUCACCUCUUAAAAAUUCGAGCAAUUUUAAAAACCUCUUAGUGCUUUACAAUAAACUUUCCAACAACUGGCUGUCCGAAAUUCUUAUUCUGCUAUGCGAGAAGCCAGAAGACGUCAUGAAUUGAAAAUUGCAAGGUGUCAAUCUGGAACCGGAAGUACCAAAAUUUUCCAGUUUCUUCCCUUGAGCUAUGGACGAGUCGACGUCGAUCAUAGAUUACGACGAUUUGGAAAGCAAUGUCACACUUGCGGCGAUAAAAACGACCACCUACACGCCGGCAACUACCCUGGGGCUGUGGGGACUUCUGUUCGUAUUCGUCAUAAUAAUCCUCUUCAUAGCCCUGUGCUGCACCUGCAUGGGUCUCCUGGUCCUCUUCGGGUGUAUCAAGUCCUUUCUCUGUUUCCGCUGUCGACGUCGGGAUGAGACUUAGGUCUCCUGCAACACGCCCAUCGAAACUCUGAUUCGUAACAAAACUAUAUUUUAUCUAUUACCAUUACAUCUACAUGAUUAUAUGUGGAUAAAAGAUAAAAGGGUAGAAUAUUGUAAAAUAAAAUCAUUCCACCUUCGGCACAGCCACAUGA